GUAAUGCCAUGAGUACUGCUUUACACUGUUUAGACAAGCUUUUCAGAGCGUGCGUAGGAAACUACUAUUCGACUGUCUCUGCUGUCAAGUAAGCCACAAUUUUAAGCCCGAAGGCUCAAAGAGGACAGGAAAAGGACACUCGGACAAACUGCAAACUUACUUAAAAGCAACCAAAGUCCCCAAAGUCGCACGCUCAAGAGGCGUCAAACCCAAACGAUCCAUCCUUUCUGGCUGUUUCAGGGAAGGAUACGCUGCUGGACAUGUGAAUUUAAAGGGGAUACUUGCUAAGCACAACAAUGAAACCAACGACUGCCCAGUGUUGCUUCGGCUUUCUUCUGACUUGCCUCUUGUUUGGGUUCAGCUUUUCACAAUCAGUAUGUGCUGGAACGGAGAACAAGCUGAGCACGCUGUCGGACCUGGAGCAGCAGUAUCGCACUCUGAGGAAAUACUAUGAGAGCUGUGAAGUUGUAAUGGGCAACCUGGAGAUCACAAGCAUUGACCGCAGUCGUGACCUCACCUUUCUCAGAUCUAUCAGGGAAGUGACAGGCUAUGUGUUGGUGGCUCUCAACCAGUUUGACUACCUGCCAUUAGAGAACUUGAGAAUCAUCCGAGGAACCAAGCAAUACGAGGACCGCUACUCCCUUGCAAUCUUCCUCAAUUACAGACGUGAUGGAAACUUUGGCCUGCGCCAGUUGGGUCUAAAAAAUCUCACAGAAAUCCUAAAUGGAGGUGUUUAUGUUGACCAAAACAAGUUCUUGUGCCAUGCGGACACAAUCCAUUGGCAAGAUAUCGUCAAGUACCCAAGGAUCCAACCUGUGGUGGUGCCCACCAACAGCAGUGUCACAUGUCAAAAAUGCCACCGUUCCUGCAAUGGUCGUUGCUGGGGACCCAAAGAGGACCAGUGCCAAAGCUUAACUAAGACAGUGUGUGCGGAGCAGUGUGACGGACGUUGCUUUGGUCCCUUUGUUAGUGACUGCUGCCACCGUGAGUGUGCAGGUGGCUGUUAUGGCCCAAAGGACACAGACUGCUUUGCCUGCACCAACUUUAAUGACAGUGGGGCAUGUGUGACCCAGUGCCCUCAGCCAUUUGUCUACAACCCUACCACCUUCCAGCUGGAGCAUAACCCUAGGGCAAAGUACACCUAUGGAGCUUUCUGCGUCAAGAAGUGUCCACAUAACUUUGUGGUCGACCACAGCUCCUGUGUGAGAGCAUGCCCCAGUAACAAGAUGGAGGUGGAGGAGAAUCGCAUUAAGAUGUGCAUCCCUUGUACUGACAUCUGUCCAAAAGCAUGUGAUGGAAUAGGCACAGCAAGCCUCCAGACUGCUCAGACAGUGGACUCCAACAACAUUGACAAGUUUGUCAACUGCACCAAAAUCAAUGGCAACCUGGUGUUCCUCAUUACUGGAAUCAAAGGGGAUGUCUAUCAUAACAUUGAAGCGUUGGACCCGGAAAAACUCAACGUGUUCCGCACCGUUCGGGAAAUUACAGGUUUUCUAAACAUUCAGUCAUGGCCUGAAAACAUGACAGACUUGGGUGUUUUCUCCAACCUGGCUACUAUUGGGGGAAGAGCAUUGUACAGUGGGAUCUCUCUGCUGGUGUUGAAGCAGCCGGGGAUCACAUCACUUCAGCUUCAGUCUCUGAGAGAGAUCAGUGCUGGGAAUGUCCACAUUGCAGAGAACAGCCAGCUUUGCUACUACAACACCGUCAAUUGGACAAGACUGUUCCGUACUACAAACCAAAAGGUUCUUAUUCGCAACAACCGAAGUCCACAGGAAUGCUCAGCCAAGGAGCGCAUGGUGUGUGACCCACUGUGUUCAGACGCUGGAUGUUGGGGUCCCGGCCCAGACCAAUGCCUGUCCUGCCGAUAUUUCAGUCGUGGACGAACGUGUGUAGAAUCCUGCAAUCUCUAUGAGGGGGAUAUUCGAGAAUAUGCCAAUGGGUCAGUGUGCGUAGAGUGUGAUGGCCAGUGUGAAAGAGCUGACGGUGACUCUUUGACCUGUCUUGGGCUGGGCCCAGAGCAUUGUGUGAAAUGCCUUCAUUUCAAAGACGGUCCAAACUGUGUGGAAAAGUGUCCCGAUGGCCUGCAAGGUGCCAACAGCUUCAUCUUCAAGUACGCUGAAGCCAACAACGAAUGCCAUCCCUGCCAUGCUAACUGCACCCAAGGGUGCAUUGGACCAAGACUUCAAGACUGCAUCGGCUGGAUGGACAGAACCCCUCUGAUUGCAGCAGGGGUAAUCGGAGGACUCUUCAUGGUGGUGAUCAUGGUACUCAGUGUAGCAGUGUCUGUGCGACGGAAGAACAUUAAGAAAAAGAGGGCCCUUCGCCGCUUCCUGGAGACAGAGUUGGUGGAACCUUUAACACCCAGUGGAACGGCACCCAAUCAAGCCCAGCUUCGCAUCUUGAAAGAAACAGAACUCAAAAGAGUCAAGAUCCUCGGCUCCGGAGCUUUUGGAACUGUUUACAAGGGUAUCUGGGUCCCAGAGGGGGAAACUGUGAAAAUCCCUGUUGCCAUUAAAAUCCUAAAUGAGGCCACAGGACCCAAGGCUAAUGUGGAAUUCAUGGAUGAGGCUCUGAUCAUGGCUAGCAUGGAGCACCCACACCUGGUCCGACUGCUGGGUGUCUGCUUGAGUCCGACAAUCCAGCUGGUCACACAGCUGAUGCCUCACGGAUGCCUGCUCGACUAUGUCCACGAGCACAAAGACAACAUUGGAUCACAGCUAUUGCUCAAUUGGUGUGUCCAGAUAGCCAAGGGAAUGAUGUAUCUAGAGGAGCGUAGGCUCGUCCACAGGGAUUUGGCAGCCCGAAAUGUCCUGGUCAAAUCUCCCAACCACAUCAAGAUUACUGACUUUGGGCUGGCUCGCCUGUUGGAUGUCAAUGAAAAAGAAUAUAAUGCUGAUGGAGGAAAGAUGCCCAUUAAAUGGAUGGCCCUUGAGUGUAUUCAUUACAGGAAGUUUACUCAUCAGAGUGACGUUUGGAGUUAUGGUGUAACCAUUUGGGAGCUGAUGACCUUUGGAGGGAAGCCAUAUGAUGGGAUUUCUACAAGAGAUAUCCCAGAUCUGCUAGAGAAGGGAGAGCGUCUUCCUCAACCACCCAUCUGCACCAUUGAUGUUUACAUGGUCAUGGUCAAAUGCUGGAUGAUUGAUGCAGACAGUCGACCCAAGUUCAAGGAGCUGGCUGCUGAGUUCACUCGAAUGGCUCGAGAUCCCCAAAGAUAUCUGGUCAUCCAGGGUGAUGAUCGCAUGAAGCUGCCCAGCCCCAGUGACAGCAAGUUCUUCCAGAGCCUCUUGGAUGAGGAGGAACUAGAUGACUUGAUGGAUGCCGAGGAGUACUUGGUGCCCCACUCCUUCAACAUUCCCCCACUGGCAUACACUCCCCGCGCAAGGAUGGACUCCAACAAGAACCAAUUUAGCUGUCAGGAUCCCAGUUUCAGCAUGGAGGAUAUGCUGGCUGCCGUGCCGAGAGUGAUCUCUGGUCCCCCUGUUUCUGGAAGCUGCCUCGCUCCACAGGAACUUGCCUCAGGAGGAAAAAUUGUUGGUGGAUUUGGCAGAGGUAGCCAGGAUGACCCCCGCUGUAAUGGCACUCUGAGAAAACAGGCAUCCCCAAGGUCAAGCACCCUUGAGGCUGGCUCAACUCUCACCACAGUGCAAGGCGGAGGUGAGGACACUAAUGGACAGCGUUACAGCGCCGAUCCCACCGGUCUUUUAGCAGAGCGAGGAGCAAAAGGCAAUGCCAUGAGAGACAAGAGCAAUUCAGAUUAUCUCAUCCCUGUAGAGGAAAACCCCUUUGUCACACGGCGUAGGAAUGGAGAUGCCCACACAGUGAUUGAUGGAGCUAGCUGCCACACUCUGCAUUUGGCUGGAGCCACUGCUGCCCCCAAAAGUCAAUCCACUCAUGGUGAUGAUGAGUAUGUCAACGAGCCACUGUACCUGAAUACCCUCCUCAACGCUGGGGCCAAGAAUGGAUUGGCUGGCACAGUCUCCAUCUCUGGCUCUGGAUCCUCCGUUGCACAAUCAGUACUGCAGACAGUCAACCCACCAACAUCAAGCCACACCAUCUCCUCCACUGGAUAUGUGGUACCCCCUGGCCACCUCCCCCACCCAUCGUAUCCAUCACACACCCUGCAUCCGGGGCAUUCAGGACACGCUCUGCACUCAGGCAUUACCAGCAGCACCAUUAUGUUUGAUAAGAAAGGCAAGAAAGCCUCUUUUGACAAUCCUGAAUACUGGCAGCACAGUCUCCCUCCCAAGUCCUCACUGCACAACCCUGAGUACCUGCAGGACUGCAGCACACGCUUCUUCUACCGCCAGAAUGGACGCAUUCGCCCUGCUGUGGCUGAAAACCAGGAAUACUUGUCAGAGGCUGCUAUGAAAACAGGCAAUGUAUUGCCACCCCCUCCAUACAGACAGAGGAACACUGUGGUGUAGUGACCCACCUGUAGCACAUUAGCGAUGAAUAGAGGGGUAUGGGUGGGGAUGAAUGGACAGUAAACAGUCCUCACGUUUCCAUGCUGUUCUUCUCAAACUGGGUUCUUCUUUCACCUUUCCUUAACACUUCUCUUUGUCAUGUCUGCUAAUCUUGUAUUCUCACUCACUGGUUUUGCAUUUUCUAUGACAAAACUAUAAUAACAUUCACUAACAGCCUCUUUUGUUACUUUGUCCUUGGCCCCCAAAGCAAACACAGACAUCUCUUUGUUGUGUAUUCUGUCCUGGAAAAGAAAAAGUCCAGUUUUUUAGAAUCAAAAUUGCACAUAAAUAAUAUUAACACAAUCAAAGAUGAAAAGAGGAGGAAAAAAUAAACUGUGGUUAGCCCCAGCACGGUUAUUUCCAUGACCUCACAUGUCUUUCUUUAUACACCCUUAAAUCACUGUUCACUGUCCUUUUGGCACAUUUUCCAUUCAGCUAGAUGCACACAUUGUACUAUUCACACAACUGCUAUUGCUUGGGUGCAGUCAAUCAAAUGUCCAUGCACAUAGAGUUGUGUCAUGACUUACCAGCAAACCUGCAGUCAUGCUGAAAACCCCAGAUGUGGCCUGCAUGCCUGCCGUCAUGCUACUUUGACUUUUACGUUUCACUGCACCAGUAAUGAAAUUCAGACAUUUAUCACACACACAUAUUUCAAAUCAUACCUGAAGCACAUUAACAUGCCUGUAGGCUUGAUACACCUACAAUAACCACACAUUAUUUCAUACAUGCACACUGACAGAUAAGUCUGCCGCCACUUGAAAUAUGUUCUGAAGGAGAAACAACAUUAGACCUUGUACUUGAAAAAGACAAUGUCGAUAAUGGCAGCCAGAGUUACAGCACUAAAACGGGCCAACAGGACGGUACAUACCGCCACAGCUGUGAUAUCACCUGGUACCUGAUUGAGCAGCGUUUGACACAUUGUUGCCACGGCAAGUUUGGAUUAGAAGGUUGACUGCUCACAAGAUGACCCUUUAAAUUCCACUGUAAUUUUCCAUGCUGUUCCUCAUCUUUACCAAUCUAGUCCGAGCAGCGAACAAACCGCACAGUUCAAUGUUACCUUCAUGAGCUCAUGUGACUGACUAAAACAUUGGUAACUGCAGUAGAAGAGAUUUUAUUUCAGUGGAACCGGUGCUUAAGAAUGGACAAAUCUUUUAAGAGGUACAACAACAUUGUUUCUGGAGAAACACAAACUGAGAGGGGAAAGACGGUAUUUUAAAAUCUUUAUCGGAGUAUAGCGGGGCUAUUUUUUUGUUUGUCUGUCUUUGUUUGUUAAUCCAUCAGGGACCUGUUUAUUUCCUCAACUUGUCUGACAAUGUACUAUAUUUGAUCAAUAAAGGGAUGGGGUAAACAGCACAGUAAUGCAGCCACAAAAGAACGUUGUGGAGAUGACGGAAAAAGGAAAACUCUCCAUGGCUGGAAAUAAGCCAAUUACAUGUCAUCGCCAGACAGACACAAGCAACGAAAAAGGAAAAGAACACCUAUAGGAGGGUUUUUUUUACCACUCUGUGUUAAUACUGUUGUAUGUAAUAAAAAGAGAAAACUAAGAAAGUCACUAUCUGCCCUUACUCUUAGGUAUAAGAUAGCUAAAGCAAGGGUCAGCUACAUUAUUACCCUGUAACAAGUAAAAAAAAAGGGACAUUUUCUGUCUUGGUGUUUGACAUUGUAAGUUAUCACUAAAUCUACUGUUGGCUAGCUUGCUGUACUCAUACAGUACUGCCAGAUGCCACAUUAAAUUAUGAUGGAGAGUGCUAGCAUCUGUCGUCAAAUGACUUUGAAGCCUAAUUUAGGUCGGGGCUGAUAAUUUAUUAGCACUUAACACUCUGGCACAGCCAAAUUGCGUUGGUGUUAUUCUCACUAUAAGCAACAAUUCGUGCAAUUUUCUCCAUCACACUCCAACUUUCAUUUACAGUGAGAUAACACCUGAGUGUUUUAUGGGGGUUAUUUUGCAUUUAACUAACAAAGAAGCAUUCUGUAAAGAAUAUCACUUGGGGCUGACAGUGACAUCAACACCAGGGGGAAAGAAGCUAUAAACAUAAACACGGUAGCAAUAUUUAAUUUGAAGGAUUCUUCAUCGCUUUUGAUUGUUUAUUUAUUACAUUCAAGAGAUUAGAGGGAUAUUCUAGUGAUUUUGUACUUCUAAUGUUCUGGGAUUAAAGUGAUUAAUAAGAGGAGGUGUAAAAAAAAUCACCAUCAAAUAUGUUCAAUUUUAGUUUUGAGUAAGGGUCACAAAUGUCAGCUACAUCACCAAUAACGCAACUCUAGCCUGCUUCAUAAAACACUUCUUAUAUUCCUUCUUCCUAAAUGCUUAUUUCCUGCCAAACAUUUUUGUUUAAGAUUACCUUGGCAUCAGUGAUGAGAUCACCAGAGAUAUUUUUCUCAGCUUUUUUUUUCUCAGAUGCAGAGUGGUAAGCAGUAAGUAGCUUGAGCGUCAUAAAUAAAACUGGUGACCUAGCCUUUAAACUCAGAAAGAUAUGAUUAGCUUGACUUAAUUUCAAUAACAUUCACAAUAUCACAGCAUAUAUAUGUGUGGUAUUAUAGAGGGCCGAAGCUGCCUAACCCCUGUGCAUGUAUCAGUGCUGAAAGAAUACACAAGCACAGUUACACAACGUUGUGCCUCAAUAUUACAGAUUCAGAUGAGCGGUGCUGAUGAUUUUCUGUUCAAAACGCAGAUGUUGCCCUGGCACAACAUUUCUCCACCUCUCAGGUUUUAUGGAAAUAAUAAUCAUCCAGUUGAGUUCCAGCUGAGGCACACAUUUUUAAAUCAAAAAGGGACAUCAGGCCUAUUGAAAUGUAAUCAUAAUGGAAGACAGAUUAGUCCCACAAUACCACAAUAAGAGCACUCAUAAUAAAUGCAUCUCAACAGAAAUGGGAAUUGUAUAGUGAAUUUUAUCAUGUUAAGUAUCACUUUGGUCUUUGUUCUGUUAGAAAUCUGAUCUACUGUCUUACACUUCUGAAAUCACAAGUAUUCUGAUUUACUAUCAUUUGAAUAUACUCUUAUGUAUACAUUAUUUGUUCUAAUUUAUGGAGCAAAAUUGCCCCCUCUAUAUUUUUUACAGAUUAAUGUCAGUUAUGUAAGUCAAUUUUUACCAUUACCUGUAAAAAAGCAGUAGUGCUUGUGGACUACUAUAUGGCUGUGUGUCUAAGUGCAGCGGCAGCAGUUGAGAGUCACUGUAAGGCUUUGAAAUGGCUCUCUGUGGGAAAAUACAGCCAAUCUUGUGGACGAGAAAACCUACUGGUGCUCUCAGCCAGCAACCAUCACAAGGGGCUUUUAGCUUUUUGAAUGCUAAUUCAUCCACUUUCCCUUGUUGUUCUGUGGGGAAAUCAUGUUACCCAACAUCUCACCCAGUGCACCAGCUGAGAAACCCUGAACGACAGGCAAUAGGUUGUAAUCCUGCAGCGAGGUUAAAACGUAGGUAUUAGCAUUCAAGAAAUGUUACCCAGUCAAUGCAUCAAUGUUAUAAAAGCUACGAGGGUGGAAGAUGCAAGAGCACUGAAACUGGCAGAGAGGACCAGAGUUAAUUGCCAUUCUUUUUUUCUUUUUUUCCUCCUCUGUGGUAACUAUAGAAUUCUUUGUAGCAAACACUGUCGUGCGGCUCAAGCAGUGAAAAAUGAAAAGCAGUCAUUAUUGAGUGAACAUAACCAGAGGAGUCCGGAGAGGAAAAAGUGAUCAUGAAAGAGGUUAACAUGAAUCACAGCACAAUGUGAACGAUACAGCAGUCUGUAAUGUUCUGUGUGAAAGCUUCAUAAGCGUAAAGUAGUAAAGGAGCACAAUGACUCCCUCUCAGUGCUGACUGCUAAUACAGUAAAUGAGCCUUUUUGGUAAAAUUUGUAUUUAUAUUUCAUAUUUUUGUUGAGUAUUAAAAAUGUAAUUAUGUUUUAAGUUGAGUAUAAAUUAUGUUUUACUAUAGCUUUUGGUGUUCAGGGUCUCAUUGUGAUUUUUUUUUUUCUUUUUAAUAAGUAGCUUCAUCGUCUUAUGCCUGUCAUGUUGUCUAAUACAGUCACAGUAGGGAAAACAGUGGUUGCAGACUAGUGGUGCAACGGAUCAAAAGUCUCACGGUUCGGAUCGGAUCACGUUUUUUCGUCACGGAUCGGAUCAAUUUUCGGAUCAGCAGGAAAAAAAAAAGAAGACAAAAAUUGAACUCGCCAUUUACUUAUUUAAGUAUUUUUUGCCUAUUAAAAAACAUUCAACUCAAGACUCAUUCCACGCAAUUAUAUAAAAACAAAUUAAGGUGCAAUAUAGGGCAGUACGUGUUGGCAGUACAGGGCUUUCUAUCUACCACUCCGCUGUGAUUUAAUGAGAGGUCACGGUCACGUAGCUUUCCGUUGCCUUGGAGGUCCACCCAUUUGUAGUUAGGGCAACAGAAGAUGCCUGGGACAGCUCAGCCAUAACUUUAAACUUUUCCUGCUCAUACAUGCUUGGAGCGAUCUUGUCACUGAAGUGAACGCGCGACAGGAUAUCAUAGCGUGGCUCAAGCACAUUCAUCAUAGUUUAAACUAGUGCUGUCAGCGUAAAUCUCGUUAAAAUGACGUUAAUGCCAUAACUGCAUUAACGCGACAAAUCUCCGUUAACUAGUUACCGCGGAUCGCCCCGUGCGUGGGGCUGCAAUGCGUCAACUAACGCAUUAACUAGUUUAAACCCCUUGUUUUGCAUAACAGAAUGCGGCCUCCUGUCUGCAGCUUAACACCCCAAUAGCUUUUGUAAUAGCUUUAGCCCGGUCGCUUUGGGCAGCAAAGGGCUGCUUAAAUACCGCAAACUCCUCUGCUCCUCCACUUGGACCGCUAGCGCUGACCAUAGCUAUCGCUUGACAGACUGACCACGCGCACCAUACACAUACUUUUUUCUUCUUUUUCGAAUCUUCGGAUCAUGUGCAUGCCGAACCGUGGACUGGGAUCGGUUCUGAUUACGGAUCAACCGUGAGCCAUUGCACCACUAUUACAGACUGCAGUUUAUUGCAGUCCUGUGUAAUGAAUUUGUAGAUGCGUGGCUGCUUCAAAGACAGGGACCAGGUCUGAGACCACUUGAGUCUUCAAAGCAUCUCUGGUGCAUCAAGAAAGAGAUAAAACAGCAAUAAGACAGAGAGAGUUUGGGAGUAAACGGGGUAACCUGGCAACUACAUACAAUCUGUUAUAAUAUGGUAACUGUGAAAAUCACAAAUCUGUUUGCAUAUACAACAGAAAUUCAUUUGAAGUACUUACUUUCAGAGUUCAACCAAAGCCUUACUGAUCUGAAAUGGAAAUUCAGAAAUUCCUCUACAAUUUUUUUUUAGGAAUAUAACCAGAUACAACCAGUUGUUUUGAGUCCCCUAUAACAAUGAGACCUAAUUAAGAUGAUAUGCGCCCAUCGAUGCAGACUGACUCAGAUUGAUUGCAAUAUGGUAACAAUCUUUCUGCAUUUUUAAAUUACCAGUUAUUUUCAAACCUUCACCAAUAGAGGUGAUUAUGGUCAGUCUAAGGGGCAAUGUCACUGUUUGGACACGCAUCAUCUCCCACCAGGUGACAUUGCAAUUCUGUCACAGUUGAGAGUGGUCACCGCAACAAUUUGCAGUCAGUUGCCGACUACAAAAAAAAUUCAUGCAACUUACCAAGGAGUUGUUUUCAGACAACCUACUACUGAACUACAAUUGGCUGUCUGACACCGUUUUCACAGUAUCUGACUUGUUAAGAUUAUUUUGUUUCAUCUCAGCCCAUGACCAACAGCUGGCAGGUUUGACCAGGUUUAACCAGCCAAGGCUAUAUAUCCAAAAAAGGCUUUGCUACUAACCCCAUGUGAUUAAAAUGUGUGUAUUGUCAAUAUGAAAAAAAGAUAAAGUUUACCAUCUACCUUAGAUUAUUUACACAUCGUUAUAGUUUUUUUGCUGAUGUUAAUAUUUAGGGUAACAUUAUGUAAUUAAUGUCAAAACAUAAUGCGUUAGAAACUGAGUGGUGCACAUGUAACUGAGAGUGGGUUAUUGAAGGCCCCAAAUAAUAGACCAGCUAGUUAUAUUAAGAUCCAUCAAGCCUAGUAAUGGGGACUAUGGAAGGACAGCAUAUCUCUAGUAUUUGCUUUAUUUCUUUUUCAUAUCAUUAGGAUAUUUUUUACAGUAUAAGGAAAUUCAGUACACCAAUGGUCUGAGUGGUCUGGUUGCAUUACAUUUUAGAUAUCAGUUUUUGUUCAGUACAUAACAAAAAAAUACAUUUUUUUAAGGCAAACACAAUGAUAAUCUAUCAUUAUAACAGAUGUUGCUAUUUUACACUGAUUCAUAUUUGUAAAUUCUACAAUGCCAUGACAAAUUUGGGUAGGUGGUUAAGUAAGCACAGUUUACAAUGUACUGAACUGAUGGUAAAACUGCACAAGGGAACUAAUAAUUUUUUUUUGAAAAUACAUUCAGAGAUUAGAUUGCUCAACAGUUUUACCACGGGAAAAAGUAAUAAAAAAAUGUAUAAUAUUUUUAUAGGAAUAAAAAAGGAAUAGGGUGGCCAGGUGCAGCUGUAAAUAGAACAAUGAUGCUUUCUUUAUGAUAUUUGUUUUUUAUUUCUCCUUGCAUCAUUGCAUUAGUAGUGAUCUACUGUAUUUUAUCAUUUC